AUGAGUGAUGGACAUCAUGAUAUGGCCCUCAUUUUGGGUCUCCUGAAAUUAACUUGCAUCGUGACUUUGGUCGUGGGAAUAAUCCUGGGGGCUCUCUUGGAGAAUCAGUUGUCUCAAAAUUUCCGUGGUCUCGGCUUCGACGACCAGAUUCAUUCCCUCAUAGUCUUGUUGAUCACGACUGGUCUAUUUUGCGGUUGGACGAUCGUCUCGAUCAUCGGAGCGAUGGCCUGCCGGCCACGAUGGACUUGGGUCACCGGUGUCCUGGACAUGCUCUUCAUCUCCAUCAUCGCGGUUAAUCUACCACUCUUGUAUGCUCUAACAAGCUUCACCUGCGACCUCGAUCUCGGGAAUGGCGUUUGCGAUUUCUCCACUGUUAUGGCCGGAGCGUAUUUCACCGCUAUGUACGUCCUAUCCAGCUUGCUGUUUUCACUCUGUCGUCAAGUUGUGUUCGCUAACAUGGUGUUCUGGAUAUUAGUAUUGUUACCAUCCUCUCCGGAGUCAUUGCAAUUAUGA